AUGAAUCUCAUUCAGAUCAUCCUUCACACUCUAAUCCUGGCACCCCUUACCAUCUUCGCACUCCCAACCGAUGAAGAUAGGAAAUCUGUACUCGUCAACAAGCAUAGAGAUGCUUACGUUGCUGCUCGUCAAGCAGCCACUGAUCCAGACGGACGUCUCUCUUGUAUUCCCACCAAGAAUGCGAAUGAGUGUGAGAUCCGUGUUACUCAGCAUCCGUGGGAAAAACCUACUAUUGAUAUCUACGACCCCGUAUGCAAUGAGAUCGAUGGCGGUGAAAAGGUGGUCUCCCUUGGAAGUAAGUUACUAUUCCCAUAUCCCAAACUUUGUCACUGA